CCACCACACACCCUUCCCCUCCGGUGCACCGCGGUGCCGCCGGGCUCUGCGCGCUGAUUGGCUGAGGAGAGAGCGGAGCCGUGCGUCAGAGCGCUGGCGGUGACGCCACGGGGGCUUUUCCAGGCUGAGCCAGGAGGAAGCUCACGAUGAAGAACCAAGGCGGUGAGACCAAAGCAGCCCCACGGCCUCCCAGCUCCCCCAGGAUGAGCAGCGCUCUGGUGCUGGAGGAGGGCGAUGCACCGGAGGCUACGGCACCCCCCGAAGCUCCUCUGGCACAAGAGGACACCAAGUCCUCCCGGCCCGCUGUGCGCGACGUCUCCGAGGAGCUGAGCAGGCAGCUCGAGGACAUCCUGAACACGUACUGCGUGGAUGCCAGGCAGGAGGCGCCGGGGGAGGACGGGGGCCAGAGUGAGCCCCCGGAGCCUGAGGAGCCUGAGAAGGGCCUCAGCGAGUCCCCGAGGAACGGGGACCAGGAGCCGGGCGGCCCCGAGAUGAACGGGGAGAAGGAGAGCCCCAAAGGGACCGAAGAGUUCCGGCCUGGGGAGGAGUGUGGGGAGCGGGAUCAAAAGAAGGCGCAGGAGAAGAAGAAAGCCAAAGGCCUGGGCAAAGAGAUCACUUUGCUGAUGCAGACCCUGAACACCCUGAGCACGCCAGAGGAGAAACUUGCAGCCCUGUGCAAGAAAUACGCUGAGCUGCUGGAGGAGCACCGGAACUCCCAGAAGCAGAUGAAGAUCUUGCAGAAGAAGCAGACGCAGCUGGUGCAGGAGAAGGACCACCUGCAGAGUGAGCACAGCAAAGCCAUCCUGGCCCGCAGCAAGCUGGAGAGCCUGUGCCGCGAGCUCCAGAGGCACAACCGCACCCUCAAGGAGGAAGGUGUCCAGCGUGCACGGGAGGAGGAGGAGAAGCGGAAGGAGGUGACAUCCCACUUCCAGGUGACGCUGAACGACAUCCAGCUCCAGAUGGAGCAGCACAACGAGAGGAACUCCAAGCUGCGCCAGGAGAACAUGGAGCUGGCAGAGAGGCUCAAGAAGCUCAUCGAGCAGUAUGAGCUGCGGGAGGAGCACAUCGAUAAGGUGUUCAAACACAAGGACCUGCAGCAGCAGCUGGUGGAUGCCAAGCUCCAGCAGGCACAGGAAAUGCUAAAGGAGGCAGAGGAGAGACACCAGCGGGAGAAGGACUUUCUGCUGAAGGAAGCUGUGGAAUCCCAGAGGAUGUGUGAGCUGAUGAAGCAACAGGAGACCCAUCUCAAGCAGCAGCUGGCUCUCUACACGGAGAAGUUUGAAGAAUUCCAGAACACCCUUUCCAAAAGCAGUGAAGUGUUCACCACGUUUAAGCAGGAGAUGGAGAAGAUGACGAAGAAGAUCAAGAAGCUGGAGAAGGAGACCACGAUGUACCGCUCUCGCUGGGAGAGCAGCAACAAGGCGCUGCUGGAGAUGGCUGAAGAGAAAACCCUGCGGGACAAAGAGUUAGAGGGGCUGCAGGUGAAAAUCCAGCGCCUGGAGAAGCUGUGCCGAGCUCUACAGACCGAGCGCAACGACCUCAACAAGAAGGUGCAGGACCUGUGUGCCCACGUGCCCCGGGCGGACACCGACCUGGGCGAGCCCCUGAAGGACCCCCCUCGGGACAGCUCGGACGUGGUGGCUCCAGCUGAGGAAUGCCUGAACUUGGGAAAGCCAACACAGAGCCCGGAUCCUGCACCCGAGAGCUUGGGAGAACUGAGCAUAGGAGCCUUGGGGCAGAGCGGGACUGAGGGAGGCAGCCGGGGCGCUGACUGAGCCUGCUGUGCGCCAGCACAGGUAGGGCGAGGGAGGGCAACGUCAGUGCUUCCAUAGACUCCAUCUGAUGCCCCUCUCCAGGUCUUGGGAUGGGCAGGAGAGGCCCUGAGGGGACCUGAGAUUUCCUAGCUUAGGUUUUUUGGAGGGUUUUUAAGAUUUUAUAUAUAUAUAUAUGAUAUAUAAAUACAUGCAGGGCAGCCAUAGGUGAAACCGAGAACGACCCACCCUGCGUGUGCGUGAGUAACUAAUAUAUGGAGCUCAACUGAUCGACCCUCUCACUGGGAGACCUUGGCAUGGGCAGGCUGCAGCUCCCCAAAAACCUCAUGCACCUCAGGAAAAGGGGGUGCCUGGAUCUGCCCUGGCCCAGCGGGAACAUCUGGAUGCAGCAGCGCUCUCACAUGGAGUGAAAGGAACCGAGCCAAGCAGGGAGAAACGAAGCAUUUCCCAGCACUGAUUCUCCCUCCCUCCCUCCUCCGGGUCGGGAAGGGGCAGGCUCCUGGACUUGCUCCUGGGUUUCCAUGCUCUGGCUGGCAGCGAACGAGGCCGUUUCCCCUCCUCUGUGUGGGUUUUGCGUG